AUGGGCGAGAGGACAGCUAUUUCAGCGGAAGACACACUAGUUCGUUAUGAUAAUCCAGUUUUAGUUACUAAGAAGGCGGAAGCUAUUUCUUCACCCCGUGGCGCUGCAGCAACUCAGCCAUGCAUCCCUACUGAAGCUAAACGUGAAACAGAGGAAAUUCUUAACGCUAUUUUACCUCCUAAGGAAUGGGAGGAAGAUGGUCAGAUAUGGACACAAAAAAUAUCAUCCACUCCUGCUACGAGAUUGGACGUAAUAAAUCUCCAAGAGAUGUUAGAUACUCGCUUACAGCAGCGGCAAGCCCGCGAGACCGGCAUUUGCCCGGUCCGCAGACAGCUUUAUACACAGUGUUUUGAUGAAUUAAUAAGACAGGUUACGAUAAAUUGUGGGGAAAGAGGUCUGCUAUUGUUGAGAGUUCGUGAUGAAGCGAGGAUCACGAUGGAGGCGUAUCAAACUCUAUACUGCAGUUCCAUCGCGUUUGGAAUGAGGAAAGCUUUACAGUCUGAACAAGGAAAAUCGGACCUCAUGGAGCAAGUCGCAAAGCUAGAAGCAGAACGAGCAAGUCUGGAGAAACAGUGCACGGAGCUAAAACAGAAAACCGAGCAAUUGGAACGUCGAGCUGCAGAACUGCGCGCUGCGGAAGAGAAGCGUCAUCAAGAGGAGUUACUUGCAUUAAAAAAGACAAAUGCGCAGCUCAAGGCACAAUUGGAAGGCAUCAUUGCACCCAAGAAGUAA